UGAAUAGAAUAUUGUGUGUGAAAGAACCAGGAAGUAAAUUAGGCAUGUUGUACACGCUAUAAGAAGAAAUUCUAAAGGCAAACCGACUUUAAAUACUUUAGGAAUAACACGUAAGGAUACUGAAGUAUAUCGGCCAUUAAACUGUUGACAUACGUGGAAUAAAUGUUCAAGUGUCUAUAGGAAGCUAUCGUGUGCACGUAAUGGCGAUAAGAGGGCAUCUUUACGUGUACCUCUGGCUGGCUAUCACGGGAGUUUCACAAGGAGCAGACCUUGACUGUGACUUUGAGACCGACUUCUGUCAGUGGACACAUGGAUCAUCUGUCAGACAAUGGCAGAGACAUUUAUUAGAGACUCAAAUAACGGGAACUGGACCAAACACGGGUCACACCAUCUCAGGAAGUAACGAUUACUACAUUUAUCUACAUGCCGGCGAGAGAAAAAAUCAAAACGGCUUUGUUGAAAGUGGCAAUUGUGUCCUACUGAGUCCGGUUUUUAACACAACUUCCGGUGGAGGCUGUUUCCGGUUCUGGUAUCACAUGGAAGGAUCAGGCAUCGGCAACCUCUCUGCAGCGGUUUUAGAAGGUUCAUCAUCUGAUGCAAUCUGGUCCAAGACAGGAGAACAAGGACCGGAUUGGAAAUGCGCUCAUGUGUCUCUUGAGCAAGGAAGAGAAGGUCUCAAGAUCGAGAUGACUGCGUGGACGGGUCUUAACCUUUUGGGGGACAUCGCGCUGGAUGACUUCAAAUUCUUUGACAGUAAAUGUAGCGGAAUAACUGACGUAUGUGGCAACGCCACAACGCCACCGACAGCACCUCCACCAACGCAGUUACCAACGCCAGACAAGCUGUCGUCUACGUCUACUACAGCACCUGGUGUGUCCACAACGCCAACAGAAGACGAUAUUACGAUGACGAUUGUGUACAUCUCAAUUGCUCCCAUUGUCUUACUGCUUGUUGCGGCUAUUGUGGCAGUGGUAGUCUACCGAAGCUCAAGGUCAAAAACCCUGACCAUGAGAACAGCAAUUCCAUCUUACAAAACAACAACAACAACCAAACUGAUCCAGAUGUUGAUGAUUAUUGUUAUAUUCGCGACGAAGUGUAUGAUGUGUUGGAUGAAUCAAAGAUGAACAACGAUGAACAUGUGUUCCCAAACAGUACCAAUGAUGACCUAAGACAACCUGUGCCCUCCGUUACCAUAAACGACUACCAUCCUACAUCAGACCAACACGGGCAUCAGGAUGUACCUACUGUAUUGUAUAGAGCGGUCGGUUCUUCUGGACGAACUGAAAUCGGCAAUGAUAUCACUGGAUCUUAUAUGACGCUGAAAACAAGAGACGAGGACGCUGUAUCAGAAGGUGAUAACUAUAUUGUAACUAUCCCUGGUCCAAAUGAGAUAGGAGGGAGUGACGUAACAGCUAUGGAGGAUGAGGCAAAUGUUUCUGGGAAAGAAGGUGGUGCUUCAGAAGCAUCUCAUGGUGAUGUCGAUGUCACUGAAGGAGGACUGAAACUGCCCCAACCUCAUUGCGGGCCAACGUCGUCUUAUAUCUCCCCCGUUUUUGAAAAUGACUGAUACGUGUUGGCCAAAAGCCACUUGGAGGAAUGCUUUAGUUACAAUAUGGCCUAUCAGCAUAGUGACAGAUGGCAGAUCGUUUCGAAAGUGACCUUUACCUUUUUAGCAGCGAACCGAAAUGAUGUCAAGACGAACCUGCACAACCAGCGGAUCCUUGGCGGACAAAGGGACUCAACUUUUUGCAAAUUGUAUAAUAUUGGAAGCACGCAGCUGUCCAUUUCAAAUAGUAUUGAAAGCUUUUAUUAUUCUUUGAGGCCUUGCCAUAGAACACUACCCCUUUAUUAUAUUGGCUAUUGAUAUACUAGUUAUUUUCCUCAGGCAUCUUUCAUAUUAAUAUGCUUAUGAUGUUCUGGACAGCAAGCAAUAAAACAUCUGUGAUACAUAGAGUGAGUGGAGUGUGGCGUAAAAAUAAACUCACUUGCUCACUUAUAGAGUGAGUGAGUGAGUUCGGGUUAUCGCGGCUUGUCACCCGCGUGAGGAAAGCCUAGGGUGAUACAGGCCAUACGUUUACCACUUUGAUGAAACCCACAAACAAGAGUAUGGCGUUGACGUGAUACAGAAACCACAAGCAUUCUGGAUUUUGUUACUUCUAUAUUUCAAAUCAAUUGCUUUACCUGUUCGUAUUGUAGAUUUCAAGUUUUCAAAAUAUUGGAAUGUAGUUAAGAUUCAGUAAAAAGUAUUAAGCAUU